AUGGUGAGAUCUAUCAUGAUGAUGAUAGGUUACGUACGGGAGUCAUCAGACGAGGCCCGGAUGAUUCUGCUAAACCGUCAUAAUGACCAGGAGGCCAAUAACCUGAGCCAUACGUGCUUACAGGCCUCGUCCGGGCCAUACGUGCUUACAGGCCUCGUCCGGGGUCAGUCGAUGCAUCGGAUUCCACCUAGUCACGUUGUUGGGGGCACAGGGGGUACGGGUGGCCCAAACCCGUUACCUGAGCCCAAAUGUCAUUACGGCAAUUGCCACCCAACGGAUCCCAAGAAACUGAACGUACAUUUAGUGCCUCACACUCACAACGAUGUCGGUUGGCUCAAGACGUUGGACCAGUACUACUGGGGCUCCAAACAGGGCGUACAGAACGCCGGCGUUCAGUAUAUACUCGAUUCGGUGGUACAGGCGCUCGACGGAGAGCCCGAUCGCCGGUUCAUAUACGUCGAGACGGCAUUCUUCUGGAAGUGGUGGACACAUCAGACCGAUACUGUCAAAGACACUGUCAAACGAUUAGUUAAUAAUGGUCAGUUAGAGCUGAUCAGCGGUGGCUGGAGUAUGAACGACGAGGCGAACUCACACUACAGCGCAAUCAUCGAUCAGAUGACGUGGGGCUUCAAACGGCUCCGGGAUAUACUGGGCGAGCCCUGCGGUGUGCCCCGUAUCGGGUGGCAAAUAGACCCCUUCGGCCACAGCCGAGAACAGGCCUCCCUAUUGGCACAGAUGGGCUUCGAUGGCAUGUUUUUCUCGAGACUGGACUACGAGGACAGGGAUAAGAGGGUCAGAGACCGGACCCUAGAGAUGGUUUGGCGCGGAAGCGAUGACAUACCCGGCGAGCGCUCGGACCUGUUUACCGGUGCCAUGUAUUUGGGAUAUGUUAUAAGGGAUUAA